AUGCCUCAAUCGGGAAUUGUCAAGUAUCACGUUAAGCUAUCAUUUGAAGUCGAUGGUCUAGUAGAACGGACCGACAUGAUAGGUGCCAUAUUCGGCCAGACCGAGGGGCUCUUCGGACCAGAGAAUGACCUAAACGAGCUGCAGCGCGUCUCCAAAGUGGGCAGAAUAGAGGUCAUCCUCUCUACCACGGCGAGCACCACCUCAGGCGACAUACUCAUUCCCAUGAGCACCAACAUCGACACCUGUUCGCUGAUAGCGGCGUCCAUAGAGAGCAUCGACAAGGUCGGGCCCUUUAACUGCAAGUUCAAGAUGGAGACCAUCGACGACAUAAGGGCAAAGAAGAAGGACGAGAUCGCAAAGCGAGCAAAGGAGAUCAAGCAGCAGUGGAAGACCCGGGCAGUCAGCGAAGGCGACACGGUACUCAAGGAUGUCCACGAGGGACGCACGGGCAAGAUCGAUUCGUACGGGCCAUCAAAGCUGUCCUGCGGAUCCGGCAUCAAGACCUCGGACUGGAUAAUUCUGGUCGAGGGAAGGGCCGACGUGAUCAACCUCCUUCGGGCAGGCUACGACAACACGCUUGCAAUCGAGGGAGCGCGAAUCGACGAGUCCAUAAAGGAGAUAUGCUCGGCCAAGGCGACAGUGGUUGCGUUUCUAGACGGCGACAGGUCCGGCGGGUUCAUCCUUCGGGAGCUGAAAUCCAUGGUGCCCAUAGACUAUGAGCUGCGGGCGGAUCCGGGAAUCGAGGUCGAAGAGCUCACACCGCAGAGAAUCUCAGAGAUUCUGGAACCGGUGGCAAAGGAGAUCAAGGAAGGCAGCAAGCCCCCGUCGUUGAAGAACAAGAAGGACAAACCGCUUGCAGACGCAAUCGGGAAGAUAUAUCCUGACCUCAACGAGACCCUGGAAGCAGUCGCGCUAGACGACAAGCAGGCCGAGAUCUUCAGGGUGCCGAUCAGCGAGCUUGUGAACAAGAUGGCCGGACAGUCGGGCAUCAAGUACCUGAUACUGGACGGCAUCAUAACGCCAAGACUCCUGGAGAGCGCCAAGAAGACCGGAGUCGAGUACCUGGUGGGACACCGGCUCUCAAGGCUCUCAAACAAGGGCGGCAUCAACCUGAAGACAUUCGCGGAUCUCGAGCACAACUUUGUUCCGGUCACCACCUCGUCCCUCGGAAGGAACGUCGGCAGGUCCCAGCAGUCCGCAUCAAAGCACCUAGUGGAUCUUGAGAAAUACGGCUUUAUCCAGCGCAUAAAGAGCGGCAGGGGCAUCUCGGUCAGGAUCACGCCCGAGGGGUACUCGCAGCUGCUCAAGAUAUCGGGCACGCUGCAGGCGAGCCUGGCGGCCUCGCCCUCCAGGAUCGAGCUCCAGGGCCUGCUGGUCUCAGGCAUGAGCGAGGGAGCCUACUAUAUGUCGCUCAAGGGGUACUCCAGGCAGUUCGUAAAGAGGAUCGGCUACGUCCCGUUUCCGGGAACGCUCAACGUAAGGCUGGAGGAGAGGGAGUUUGUCGAGUCAAGCCGGCAGUUUGACGCCCUGGACGGCAUCAUGAUCGACGGGUUCCAUGACGGGGUGAGGGCCUACGGGUGGGUAAAGUGCUUUCCGGGAACCGUCAACGGCACGAUACCGUGCCACCUCAUCCGCCUGGAGAGGACGCACCACGAGCCGUCCAUCGUCGAGAUCAUCGCAAGGGAGAGCAUCCGGGAGGCAGCAGGACUCAAGGACGGCUCCGAGGUCGCCAUCUCCGUGCAGGUGGGCUGA